UCGACAUUUAAACCCGAAAGUAAGAAGUUUUGGUUGGAUCCAGACCGGAAAUUAGAUGACGUCACAGUCACAACAGGUGUUAUGAUUAAAGCGAGCCUGUUCCUCAAUAAUCAAUCACCUAAAUUAAACAUUUUGUUAAACUUUUAAAGCUUAAUUUUACCAUGAUUUGAAGCUAUUUAUGGAUUACAUUGACUAUUCGGUGCUACAAAUUGAAGUGAAUGGAACCUGAAGCGCCGGACGCUUCAUAAAGCAGCCGACAGGGGGCGUGAAAAGCAACACCGACGCAUUGAGUGACAUCCAGCUGAGUGGGAUGGAGCACGGUGCGGGUUAGUUCACCGACUGGCACCGGCAGCAUACUCCGGACCCCCCAGGAUUGACAGACCAGGCUUUACGCAGUGGUUCCUCCCCACGGGCUUUCUCUCCUCUCUUCCCGGUACUCUUCUGGAGCUCCGCCGGGACAUUGUCUGAAAAGCAGCGCCGGACGGUCGCUCAGCUCGGGUGGACGCCACCGGCGAAACGAGGCACCAUGCCGGGCUCGGUGCCCAUCACAUGCCGACCACCUCCGCCAGGUCACAGGCACCACGCAGCUCCAGGCGCAGAAACAGCAGCGAUGUCCGGCGCAGGUUCACUGGUGCUCCCCGCUGGCAUCAUCGACCCUUCUGUGCCAAUUCGUGACAUUAAAACCAAAUUUCUCGUUCUCACUGGACUAAUUCAAGCUGGAGAGGUUAGCAACCGAGAUAUAGUUGAAACUGUCCUUAAUUUGUUGGUGGCUGGCGAGUUCGAUUUGGAGACCAACUUCAUUAUCCAAGACGCGGACGGCAUCGGCUGCCUGCCGGCGCUGCUGGAACACUGCGACGUCACCUGCCAGGCGGAAAUCUGGAGCAUGCUCACGGCCAUGCUACGGAAGAGCGUGCGCAACCUGCAGAUGAGCACGGAGGUGGGCCUGAUCCAGCAGCUGCUGCUCAGGAUGAGCUCGGUGGACGACAUGAUCGCAGACUUGCUGGUGGACAUGCUGGGAGUGCUGGCCAGCUACAGCAUCACGGUGACAGAAGUGAAGCUUCUCUUCAGCAUGCUGCAAGGGGAGGGCGGCCUCUGGCCCAGACAUGCCGUCAAGAUGUUGUCGGUGCUCAAUCAGAUGCCGCAGAGACACGGGCCAGACGCGUUCUUCAACUUCCCCGGCCGCAGUGCAGCUGCCAUCGCUUUACCUCCGAUCGCCAAGUGGCCUUACCAGAACGGCUUUACGUUCAACACCUGGUUCCGGAUGGAUCCCUUGAACAACAUCACCGUCGACAAGGACAAACCCUAUCUUUACUGCUUUCGCACCAGCAAGGGUAUCGGCUACUCCGCACAUUUCGUGGGCAACUGCCUGAUUGUCACGUCUCUCAAAUCAAAAGGAAAAGGUUUCCAGCAUUGCGUGAAAUAUGAUUUCCAACCAAGGAAGUGGUACAUGAUCAGCAUCGUUCACGUCUACAGCCGCUGGAGGAACAGCGAAAUCCGUUGCUACGUCAACGGCCAACUGGUUUCCUACGGAGACAUGGCCUGGCACGUCAACACUAACGAUAGUUACGAUAAAUGUUUUCUGGGAUCCUCGGAGACGGCCGACGCUAACAGAGUUUUCUGCGGACAGCUGGGAGCGGUCUACGUGUUCGGCGAGGCUCUGAAUCCCGCACAGAUCUUUGCCAUCCAUCAGCUGGGCCCAGGCUAUAAGAGCACGUUCAAGUUUAAGUCUGAGAGCGACAUCCACCUAGCGGAACAUCACAAGCAAGUCUUGUAUGACGGCAAGCUGGCCAGCUCCAUCGCCUUCACUUAUAACUCCAAGGCCACCGAUGCACAACUCUGUCUGGAGUCUUCGCCCCGGGAAAACUCCUCCAUCUUUGUCCACUCGCCCCAUGCACUUAUGCUACAGGAUGUGAAAGCCACUGUGACUCACUCCAUCCACCGCGCCAUCCACUCCAUCGGCGGCAUCCAGGUCCUCUUCCCUCUGUUUGCUCAGCUGGACUACCAUCAGUUAAACGACAGCCAAGUGGAGACCACUGUAUGCGCUACUCUGCUGGCCUUUCUGGUGGAGCUGCUGAAAAGCUCGGUUGCCAUGCAGGAGCAGAUGCUUGGAGGAAAGGGCUUUUUGGUAAUUGGAUACCUCCUGGAGAAGGUAACACAACAUCCUUUCUUUGUGACAUCACUGUGUUGCCGGUUGAUGUUGACAAAGACGCCUCCGCCAGCUUUCGCACUCUCACGUAUGGCUCCAUCUGUUCAAAAUAUGAUUAAACCACACCUUUUGCUUCUGCACCUUCAUUUAUCUCUUCUCCUGCCAUGGCGGAGUCCCCACCUGGGCGGAGAGCAGGUGGCAGCGCGGUGUUUAUCUUCAGAUCUCCAUCUUUUGCUGUGUGCCAAAGCAGCGCCUGGUCUUUGUUCACGCUGGCGAGCUGUCGACGCCGCCGCCUCCUCCACGCCCUCGUCCUCCGGUCUCGUCAAUGGCGCCACCAGCAAGAAUCUACCAGCUGUGCAGACCGUGGCGCCCAUGCCUGAAGACACGGUUGAAAACAUGAGUAUUACAUCAAAGCUGGAGAGGGCUUUGGAGAAGGUGGCACCGCUGCUGAGGGAGAUCUUUGUGGACUUUGCACCCUUCCUGUCACGCACCCUGCUGGGCAGCCACGGACAGGAGCUGCUGAUCGAAGGUCUGGUGUGCAUGAAGUCCAGCACGUCCGUCGUAGAGCUCGUCAUGCUGCUUUGUUCCCAGGAGUGGCAGAAUUCCAUACAGAAGAACGCCGGCUUGGCCUUCAUCGAGCUCAUCAACGAAGGAAGGUUACUGUGCCACGCCAUGAAGGACCACAUAGUCCGGGUGGCCAACGAGGCAGAGUUCAUUCUGAAUAGACAGCGAGCCGAAGAUGUCCACAAACAUGCUGAAUUUGAGUCCAACUGCGGGCAGUACGCCGCUGAGAGGAAAGAGGAGGAGAAGAUGUGCGACCACCUGGUCGGCGCCGCCAAGCACAGAGACCACGUGACGGCCAAUCAGCUGAGGCAGAAGAUCGUCAACAUCCUCACCAACAAACACGGCGCCUGGGGGAUGCUGGGCCCGAGGCCGCCACACGACUUCUGGCGUCUGGACUACUGGGAAGACGACCUGCGGCGGCGGCGGAGAUUCAUCAGGAACCCGCUGGGCUCCACCCACUUGGACGUCUCCUGCAAAACCCUGCAGGAGUACGGUACAGAAGACGACAAGCUGGUCAAAUCGAAGACUCCCGUCCUCGGUCAAACCGCCACGAGCCAGAACCCUGAUACAGACCUGAUUCUGGAGGGAGAUGACGACCCGGACGGCCUGCUGCAGGAGAAGGAGGCGGACAACCUGGGCAGCGCAGUGGUUCUGAGCAGCCCGGCCCAGCUGGUCGCGCCAGGCCUGGUGGCCAAGGGGACUUUGUCCAUCACCACCAGCGAAAUCUACUUCGAGGUGGACGAGGAAGAGCCGGCCUUUAAACGAGUCAGCCCAAAGGUCUUGGCGUACACCGAGGGUCUCCACGGCAAGUGGAUGUUCAGCGAGAUCCGCGCCCUCUUUUCCAGGCGUCACCUUCUGCAGACCAGCGCCAUGGAGGUCUUCAUGGCCAACAGAACCUCAGUCCUCUUCAACUUCCCCGACCAGGCCACUGUGAAGAAGGCCGUCUACAGUCUUCCUCGAGUGGGGGUCGGGACCAGCUAUGGACUACCUCAAGACAGGCGAAUCUCGCUGGCGAGUCCUCGGCAGCUUUUCAAAGCGUCCAACAUGACGCAGCGCUGGCAGAGGAGGGAGAUCUCCAACUUUGAGUACCUCAUGUUCCUCAACACCAUUUCAGGCAGGACUUACAACGACCUCAGCCAGUAUCCCGUCUUUCCCUGGGUCCUGGCCAGCUAUGACUCAGAGGAGCUGGACCUCACCCUGCCGGCCAACUUCAGAGAUCUCUCCAAGCCUGUCGGCGCUCUCAACCCGAAGCGUGCCGCCUUCUUCGCCGACCGCUACGAGUCAUGGGAGGACGAUCAGACGCCACCUUGCCAUUACCGCUGCCACUGCUCCACCGCUGCCUCCACGCUGCACUGGCUCAUCAGGAUGGAGCCGUUCACCACAUUGUUUCUGAGCGCCAACAACGACAAGUUUGACCACCCAGACCGCGUCUUUUCAUCCAUCAGACGUUCGUGGAGGAAUUGUCAGCGGGACACCUCCGAUGUGAAGGAACUGAUCCCGGAGUUCUUCUACCUGCCGGAGAUGUUGGUCAACGCUAGCGGGUACCAUCUGGGGAUGCGCGAGGACCGCGUCAUGGUGGGCGACGUGGACUUACCGGCCUGGGCCAAGACCCCCGAGGAUUUUGUGAGGAUCAACAGAAUGGCCCUGGAAAGCGAGUUUGUGUCAUGUCAGCUGCAUCAGUGGAUUGACCUUAUUUUCGGCUACAAGCAGCGAGGCCCCGAGGCGGUGCGCGCCCUCAACGUCUUUCACCACCUGACCUACGAGGGCGCCGUCAGCCUGGACGCCAUGGCUGACCCCCCGAUCAGAGAGGCCACGGAGGCUCAGAUCCGGAGCUUUGGACAGACGCCAUCUCAGUUGCUUAUUGAGCCACAUCCUCCACGCAGCUCCGCCAUGCACCUGAGCCCGCUGAUGUUCAAAGACCAGAUGCAGCAGGACGUGGUCAUGGUGCUCAAGUUCCCCUCCAACUCUCCUGUGACGCACGUGGCCGCCAACACGCUGCCUCACCUCGCUCUGCCCGCCGUGGUCACGCUCACCUGCAGCCGCGUCUUCGCCGUCAACCGCUGGCACAACACGGUCGGCCUGAGAGGAGCACCAGGUUACUCCCUGGAACAAGCCCAGCAUCUCCCCAUCGAGAUGGACCCUCUGAUUGCCAACAGCGCCGCGAGCCACAAGCGUCAGAUCACUGACUUGGUGGACCAGAGCAUCCGGAUCGGCACCCAGUGCUUCGUGGUGACAGCUGACAACCGCUACAUCCUGGCGUGCGGGUUCUGGGACAAGAGCUUCCGCGUGUACUCCUCUGAGACAGGCAAGCUGACCCAGAUCGUGUUCGGCCACUGGGACGUGGCCACGUGUUUGGCCAGGUCCGAGUCCUACAUCGGCGGCGACUGCUACAUCGUGUCGGGCUCCAGGGACGCCACUCUUCUUCUGUGGUAUUGGAGCGGCAGGCACCACAUCAUCGGAGACAACCCCGUCAACACUGAUUACCCGGCGCCGCGGGCGGUCCUCACGGGUCACGACCAGGAAGUGGCGUGUGUGGCAGUCUGUGCAGAGCUGGGUCUGGUCAUCAGCGGGGCCAAAGAUGGUCCAUGUUUGGUCCACACCAUCACAGGAGAUCUCCUGCGAGCUCUGGAGGCUCCUGAACACUUCAGGUGUCCUCGCCUCAUCUCAGUGUCCAGUGAGGGACACUGCAUCGUUUACUACGAGGGAGGACGCUUCUGCAACUUCAGCAUCAACGGGAAACUUCUGGCCCACAUGGAGAUCAGUGACAGCACCAGGUCUGUCCUUCUGAGCAGCGACGGUCACAAUCUGGUGACGGGCGGCGACGACGGCGUGGUGCAAGUGUGGCAGGCGUGGAACUUCAAGCGGCUUUACGUGUACCCGGGCUGCGACGCCGGCAUCAGGGCCAUGGACCUGUCACAUGACCAAAGGACUCUGAUCACAGGCAUGGCUUCAGGAAGCAUCGUAGCGUUUCACAUCGACUUUAACCGCUGGCAUUACGAGCACCAGCACAGGUACUGACCGAGGACCAGGACUCUCCCGGUAGACCGGCCAAGACACCGACAUGUCACACAGCUGGGCGGGCUUUGCCGACAUGGCGGAAGGGAAAGAAAGCUAAGUGAUACAAAAGAACUUGGUGUCACUAAACCCCGACGUGUACAGGUGUUUUUAAAACGGUGCGUUCAAGUCCCUGGCAGGACCUGGCAGCCAAGAGAGGUCAGCAGUCACUUAAAGCUAACGCAACUAAAGCAAGACGCUGUAAUUCAUGUCUAAUUUGUAUAGUUGGGAGGAAAUAUAGAAAAACAGCAAUAAGAUGUCAGCAGCGAGUCAAGUUUCCAUGGAAGUGAAACAAGCAUAAACAAACACAAAAGGCGCAGUUAGGAUGGAAAUUAAUGUGACUUUUAAAGGAGAGAAAAUCGCUUUGCCAACUUGUUUUUUUCCCCACAUUCACGGUGUGUUUAGGUCACUGCGAAAAGGACGCAAUCAUGCUCUCAGGAGCAACCACAAAACGUGUGAGUUGUAACAUCUUGGACUAACGCAGGUUACAUGAGGUCUUGGAAACAAGGAACUUUGAUCGUCACGUGCGUUAACACCACAUGUCAUUCAGCAGUGUUUCUUACUUCCACUUUUAAUUGUUUUUGAAGCAGCGAGUUAAAAAGCAGCUUGUGUUGUCACUUCAACAUGAAUUAGACAACAAUGUAAGACAUUCUGGUGGUAAACAUGCAAAGACUUGAUUAAAUAGUGGAUUUGUUCAUUUAGUUCGAUUUUGGACCAGAAAGGACAUUUUAAUGUCGCCAACUUGGUUUGUCAGCAUUCCUUGUGGUUUUUAUGUGCACAUGAACGUGUUUGUGUGUCAAAGAAGACUAUUUAUUGUGUAACUGUCAGAGAAUGUGUGUUUUGUCCUGCGUGAAUUGGGGGGGGGGGGUAAAAAAAAUGGAACUGCAAUUGUGAUCAUUGAUAAUCAAUGACCAGUCACGUUUGAUGACUGCUUGUUUACGUGUCGUUAGGAUGUUUUGAUUUCAGUGCUUUUUGGACGUGUCGGUACUUUUGUCUCAGUGAACAAGUUUCUAGCUUCAUGCUGUACUUUGUGCAUCGGGAAGCAAUACUACGGUUUUAAAGAAAUGACCAGUAACAGCAUCAACAGCUGCUGCCACCUAUUUGAAGGACUGUGACAAUAAAAUAUGCAAAUACCGUAGAAUCAUUUUGUAGCAGAGAACUACUAAAGGAAAAUAGCUUAAGAUGGGGUUUGUUUUUUAUAUAUAUAU